AUGGCUACCCGGCGGUCAGCGCGUCUGGGCGCCCAAGCACACACCGAUAUCGCACCUCCGCCGAUUGCACCAACCACAAAGAGCCGGAAGAGAAAAUCCCCGCCAGGACCUACGCUCGCCGACCCGGUGCCGUCUUCGGACCCUGUUACGCCGCCGAGAAAACGGGGCCCGAAGGUUACAGCAAUCACCCCGAUCCCUCCGCCAGUCACGCCUACUCCGAGCGCCGUCGGCAUCAUCGCUGAACGGGCAAACAGCACAGCAAAGCCCAAGGCCAAGGCCAUCAACCGCCUCGCCGAUCCGAAGUUGACCAACGCCCCCAUCAUUUCGCCCGAGACCUCACGUGUCAUCGCUUCUCAUCCUACCGACCACGUGUCGCCGUCUAAACUAUCCGCGGAACCCGGAAAACGCACGACGACUGCCAACAUUCUCGAGGAGGCGUGUCGCCAUCUCAUAAAGGUGGACCCGCGAAUGAAGCCCCUCAUCGAAAAGAACCACUGCCGCGUAUUUUCACCCGAGGGCCUCGCCGACAAAGUCGAUCCCUUCGAGAGCCUCUGCAGCGGCAUCAUCUCCCAGCAGGUCUCCGGCGCCGCCGCGAGGUCCAUCAAGAAUAAGUUUGUCGCUCUCUUCACAGAGAGAGAGGGCGAACCGAAAACGUUUCCUCACCCCUCAGAGGUGGCCGCCGCUCCCAUCGAGCGCCUCCGCACUGCCGGCCUGUCGCAGCGCAAGGCUGAGUACAUCAAAGGCCUGGCCGAGAAGUUCUCGAGCGGCGAGUUGAGCGCUCAGAUGCUGGCAGAGGCUCCUUAUGAAGAGGUUCGUGACAAGCUCAUCGCGGUGAGGGGGCUGGGGCUUUGGUCCGUCGAGAUGUUCGCCUGUUUCGGGCUGAAGAGGAUGGACGUGUUCUCGCUGGGAGACCUCGGGGUGCAGAGAGGCAUGGCAGCCUUUGCCGGACGGGAUGUGGCCAAGCUCAAGGCCAAGGGAGGAGGCAAAUGGAAGUAUAUGUCUGAGAAGGACAUGACCGAGAUGGCGAGCAAAUUCGUGCCAUAUCGUAGCGUCUUCAUGUGGUAUAUGUGGAGGGUCGAGGAAACCGAUAUAAGCAUGCUGGAAUAA